AUGGUCCAUGAAGUUGGAGAAGACAGCCAGUCUCCAUUGCUGGGAAGUUCUUCCUCAACUGAUCAAGUAUCAGCACAGCAUGUUAACAGGACUGGGUCCGUAUGGGCAGCGAUAGCGCACAUAAUAUCAGGAGUGAUAGGAGCUGCCGUAUUAUCCCUGGCCUGGAGCAUUGCUCAAUUGGGAUGGAUUGCAGGUCCAGUCAGCAUGCUCGCAUUUGCAGCUAUCACCACUCUUUCGACUUACCUUCUUUGUGACUGCUACAUGUUUCAUCACCCUCAACAUGGCCCCAUCCGAGUCCAUUCUUACAUGGAUGCUGUUCUUUUGUAUUUGGGAGAGAAGAAGCACAAAGUGUGUGGAGUAAUAGCACAGGAGAGCUUGUACGGGAUUACAGUUGCCCAUGACAUAACCUCUGCUACUAGCAUCAAAGCAAUUCAGAAAUCAAACUGUUACCACAGAGAAGGGCACGAUGCUCCAUGUUCAUAUGGGGAUACUUACUUUAUGCUGCUAUUUGGAGCUGUUCAAGUUGUGAUGUCACAUAUACCAAAUUUCCAUAACAUGGCAUGGCUUUCUGUUGUUGCUGCAAUCAUGUCCUUCACUUACUCCUUCAUAGGGUUUGGACUUGGGUUUGCGCAAGUCAUUGAAAAUGGGACGAUUAAGGGGAGUAUAACCGGAGUGCCUGCUGCUAGUGUGGCUGAUAAAUUAUGGUUAGUAUUUCAGUCGCUUGGAGAAAUUGCAUUUGCCUAUCCAUAUACAAUCAUUCUUCUUGAAAUACAGGAUACCCUGAAGUCACCUCCAUCAGAGAACAAGACCAUGAAAAUGGCCUCAAUGAUAGCAAUAUUUGUAACAACCUUCUUCUACCUCUUCCGUGAUUGCUUCGGAUAUGCUGCAUUUGGCAACAACACGCCUGGGAAUCUCCUCACAGGAUUUGGAUUCUUUGAACCCUGCUGGCUGAUCGACUUUGCUAAUGCAUGCAUUGUUCUUCAUCUGGUGGGAGGAUAUUAG